GGAUAAAUACAAUUAUACUCGGCAGUCUUAAAUUCGCGACUAUUUUAUAAAGGAAAAUGAAGUUUGAAAAAGGAUAUUUAUGUGACAAACAAUAAAGUGCAGUGCCAAGGUUGAUCGGAUCUUGUUAAACAGUCGACGAAUGACAAAAAACUGGUUUAUUCAAUAGACAGAAUCCCGAAAUUCGAACAAGCCAUACAUACGUACAUACACCAUUACAUUAAAAUGAUUAACUACACAAAGGGAUAUUGGCCAUUAGUUCUAUAUUUAUUUUCAUUUGCAAUAACCUAUAUAGAUGGCUCAUUCAUAUUGCCAGAGAAUGACCCCCCCACUACAGCGCCAAAAUUCUUAUCGAGGGGUCACCUCUACAAGGUCAUCGUCGGGGAGACCAUCGAGUUGCCCUGCAAGGUACAGAACCUCGGCUCCUUUGUGUUAUUGUGGCGGAAAGGUUCAUCCGUACUCACAGCCGGACAUUUGAAAAUAACAAGGGAUCAACGCUUCAAAAUAGUUGGUGACUAUAACUUGCAGAUAAAUGGAGUAAAGACCCAAGAUGCUGGGGAUUAUAUAUGCCAGCUAGGCGAUCAGGAAAAUCGCGACCAAGUUCAUACAGUAGAAAUUUUGGUUCCGCCUACGCUGAGGGCUCUUCCACAUAAUGGUCAAGUGACUGCCCGAAAGGGAAGUACUGUUACCUUGGAGUGCAAGGCCUCCGGCAAUCCGGUGCCCACAAUAUUUUGGUUCAAGAAGGAUGUAUUUUCCGGACCAACUCACUUGUCGGACAGCUCAACACUAAUACUGGAAAAUGUAGACCGACAUCACGCCGGAACAUAUCAGUGUUCAGCUGAUAAUGGAGUUAAAGAUCGGGUAUCCAUGGACAUACAGCUGACCAUUCUUUCUCCACCUGAAAUCACAGUGGAGAAGUCGUGGGUUCACGCAGCCGAAGGAUACGAUGUGGAACUGGUUUGCAUUGUUCAUGGCGAUGUAAACUCGGAGAUGCUGUGGUAUCAAAACUCAUUUCUCCUGGAUCCAACCGAUCGACGAUCAAUGUAUCCGCGUGAUGAUAGGUACAGCCUAAUUAUUCGAAACUUCCAGCCAACAGAUUUUGGCAAUUAUAGCUGCGUGGCUGAUAAUGCUUUGGGGAGAACAAAAAAGUAUAUUGAGGUAUCUGGCCGACCGGGUCCAGCUGAUUUUAUUUCUCCAGCCUUAAGCGGAUUUCUAGAUCAUUACAACUUGACGUGGACAAUAGAGUCCAUACCUCCGCUGGAGGAGAUAAAGCUUUUAUACAGACGUCUUUUGAUGAAUGAAACCUACCAACAUCCUGGAAAAUGGCAUGAGUAUCACAUUAAGCCAACUCCAAUAAGGACAGAUGGUUCACACUUUUUAAUGUCAUAUCUCGUUAAAAACUUGGAGCACAAUGCCGUCUAUGAAGCAAUUGUUCAGGCCAAAAACAAAUAUGGAUGGAACGAGAUCAGCGAUAUUCACCAGUUUUAUACGCGGAACCAUGAUCUACUCCUCGACAUCGAUAUGGAAUAUAAAAUGGGAAUUUCCAGUAAUAUUAGAAUAUAUCCAACUCUCUGUGGAAUACUUUUACCCGCAUUUAUGUUAGUAUUCUAUCCUUUCGUUAAUGUUUAAAAAUAACGCCUAGGUUCUAUUUGCAUAUAUAAUUUAAAUGGUGCCUUACUAAAACUUUAGCAAAUAAUUAAAUUUAAAUGUAUGUACGUUAAGAAUUCGUAUUUAAUGUAUUGAAAUCUCAAUAGAAAACUUAUCUCAUUAGAAUACUUAUACGUAUAAUUGAUAUUUGAUUUUGAAUAUUUGUAAAUUAGUUCUUCCUAAUUGAUUUUUUUAUAAUUCUACAUUAUUUCGUUUAACUUCUUAUUUAUAUCGUUAUACUAACAAAACUACAUUUUUAACUAAAGACAUUCGGUUUUGCCAAUUAAAUUAAUUUAAAAUUAUUGAUUAAUAGUUCAUAAUGUUCUAAGUUGUUGUAAAGAUUCUGAGCAGAAUGUCUUAGGCUUAGUCCCAAGUUAGACCGAUCCAAGAACUGAGUACCGCAUUAUAUUAUAAUUACUUUCAAAACGGAUAAGAUAAAUCAGUCUAAAUGAAAUUAAAUAUUGAUAAGAAAUCAUACUCCUAAUUAAGGUUCAGAAAGUAGAUAAAAUAUAGGAAAAUCCCAUGAGGAUUACCGGUGGUAAAGAAUUCGAAAUAAUCUAAGGAAAAGUAAGUUCUUAAAGUUGCACAAAACAUAUAUGUACAUAUACAAUAUAUCCGCAAGAAUUCUUAAAGUUUUCAAUUUAUUCGGAUCAAUAUCUGAAUUAUGUAAGGCACUUUUACCACGUUUAUACGAUGCAUAUCCCUCGUAUUUAUAAAUUUUAUUUAACAUAAUGACUACUUAUUUAGUUGUGAGACUAAAAAUCACAUUUAAUUUUUCUUUGUAUUAUUUUUAUUUGAAUAAUAAUUGUGGGAUAUUGUUUAACAUAUCGCGAGGUAUACAAAAAUACUUAUAUCCUCAAUCGUAUAAGCGUAGUAACUGUUGAUAAAAUAACACAUUCGCUUUAAUGGAUAUCUAGAAUAUAGAAAAUAUGGUAAUCGGAUUCUCUACAGUUGCACCGUAGGUACUGUUAUUUUAUUGUCCGAUUUGUGAACCUUUUUCUCAUAAUACUAUAAGACAAAAGAGAUAGUCCGUGCAUACAGUAGUUCACCGAAAAUGUAAAAUUGUUAAUUAAAUUUAUUUAUUUCAUCCGAAGCACAAGCAUCUUCUGUUGUAGGUAAACUGAUUUUUAUCUUGCAUUGUGGACACUUGUAGUUACACUAUUUGAAACGAUGCUAGGGACAUGGCAAUUUACAGCUGAUAAAAGCUUAGCAAUUUAAACGUAUACAUUGCGUAGUAUAUACCCUCCUGUAAUCAUAAAAUUACAUAAAUACAUAUUGCAAAUCGUUCAACGAUUGUAGAUACGUUAUAGGCAUACCGAUGAGAAUAAAAAUAUAACUAUAGCCAUUACAAAUUCGUAGAAUUAGGGUAACUUUCCUAACCAAAAUGUAUUAACCAUUUAAAUAAUGUAUAUUUACAAAAACUUUAUUUAAAUUCAUGUAUAUACGCACAUACAAGCAUAUUAUCUUCUUUAAGAGCAGAUUUAAUCGUUUUUUUAGAGUCAGUUAUAUAUUUAUUUUUCUUUUAUUUGUGAAAACCUCCGUAAAAUUCAUGUAAAAAGGAUUUAUUUUAUGAAAAAUACAAAAUUUAUCAUAUAAAGAAUACUACAAAUGAUAUAUUAUUCAUAGAAUACCAUUAGAAACAUAAUCAAACGAUAACAUUAUUAACGCAUAGAAAACGAAGAAAAUAUACUAACGACACAACUGUAUGAUACAAAAUAAAUCUCUUAACCCGGGAGUAGUAAUAAUUAAUAAUUCUUUUGUAAGUUUAUACGUCUGUAUAUCCCAAUAUAUGCAUAUGUGUAAUUAUGAGUGCGCAAGCAUCCUGAAAACUUGGAUCGUAUAAUGGGCGUGAGAAUAAAAAUACAACUCUUUUAUUUUAAUGAUAAGUGUUCUUAAACUUAAGCAUAGAAAAUAUCCCAUUAGUGUUAUAAUUUCCAUAAAAGAAAGAUUUACUUUACAGUAAACGUGUAAGAUCUACCUACUUGUAAUGAAUGGCAUUAUACAUAACAAACUUACAAAGCACGAAUAAAUCAUUUUACUAGUA